CGGGACCUUUGUUCGCUCCAAGUACGUGGUCACGCGUGGGUCCUUUGUUGCUGGUCGUCGUCUCGCCCCGAAAGCCGAAACAUGUCGCGCUUUGAGAGCGACACGGAGAGCGAGUCCGCGGAGGGCGAGUCCGUGCAGGUCUCGGCAAUGCUGCGCGACUUUGUUAGCAGCUUGGAUGAAGACACCUGUCGGGCACUGCAGAAGGCCGUCCAUGACCGGCUGGCUGGGGGCACACAGAAUGCUUCGGCAACGGAAUGGCUCGGCCCAGAGUUUAAGUCUUCUCGCCUGGAAGAGAUCUUUCAGACUCUUGAGGAGGUGGAGCCCGUGGUGAAGGCAUCGAACAUGGCACAUGCCAUGCGGCUAGCUGGCUUGGACCCGACGGCUUCGGAGGUUUGCAAGGUCUUGGAGAACAUCGGGAAGCUCGAGAUCUUGAACCUCGACAGUUUCACUCAGGUCAUGCAGGAGGUCAUCGAAGAACGGUACAAGAAGAAUGAGGCUCGAAAGCUCUUGCGCAGCUGUCGGAGUGUCGAUCCGGAAAAAAGCGGCCUCCUUCCGCAGGAGACCCUCGUGCAGCUUAUGCAUGCCCAAGGCAUCACUUUUUCAGAUGAGCUUCAGGAUAUUCUCAAUGAUGUUCCUUCCAACAGUCAAGGCUUCAACUAUGAGGUUCUCAUCAGCCUGCUUUUCACCAAGGUCGACGAUGACAUGUUUGAGAGCAAGCAGAAUGAGCAGAAUGUCGAAGCCGAGAAGUUAAAGGAGGUGCGGCCAAGCCUGAAUUUCGUGCUGAAGGAAGGUGCGGUGGUCCAUCCUGAGGAAGGCAAAGUCUUGGUACGGGCCAUGGCCACUGGUGUACUGGAGUGGUACAACCCAGACACCAAGACUUUACUGGGCUCGAUGCCAGUCCACUCGUCAGAUUGGGGAGAGUUCAUCGACUCAGGAGAAAAGGAGUGGCUGGAUUUCCUGGAUCGAUGGCCGAACCUGAUGGGUGACCAACUGCAAGCGCUGGAUGCGUUGAGGUCCUCAGCCACAGGCCUGCAAAAGUUGAGUAACCCGGCUCGAGACAGCGCCCUCUAUGAAUUGGUGAAGCUUUCCCUGUGUCCUCAAGAAGACUCGCCCUACCAGGUCAUAGCCAAAGCAACACAAGCCUUUUUGUUAUGUGGCCAUUGCGACAUGUUGCCGGAGGCGGCUCCGGUGGUUCCAGACUAUGACCUUACAGAUCCGAUGGAUUUGGCGAACUUCUUCUCGUUUGCAAACAUCCGGCUGCUGCGUGGCGCUUUCAUCAAGCACUUGGCGAAAGAGAAGCUGGGGUUGCCCAGGCGACAGGAGGCAGAGCAAGCAAGUUGCGGAUCCCAGACGGCUUUGGUGACUCACGAGGAGGUCAAAGGAUGGGCGGCAGAUCUCAAAGCAGGAAAAGAGCGCCAAAGGAUCUUCGCCAUUUCCCAUGUGUGGCCCAGACCAGACUGACGCGGUGUUCUUGCUUAGUUUCGAUUCCUUUUUGUGGGCUCACCGAGAACUGUUUUGCCCAUUCGGCCGGAGGAUUGGCUCUUCUACGACUACUGCUGCCUAUACCAGUUCCUCAGAACCAACAGCGAAGAGGAGUCCAGUUUCUGCUCAGCACUGCAAAACAUGCACGUGAUCUACUCUCACGAGAGAACUAUGACCCUUUGCAUCGAUCUCACUCCUCACGACCCAAGCUCGCACCCUUCUUCACCAGACUUUCGCUGCAGCAUCUACCAUUUUCCCUCCAACGCUUGCGUCGAAGUGGCCCCAAGCAGCUUGUUGCCCAACGACACGCCCUACGACUCCCGCGGCUGGUGCGUGGCUGAACUGCAGGCCUCGCAGAGUCGACAUGGUGUGCCCGGCCGACCCCCGACGCAGCGCCUCGUCGGCCGGUAUCCG